AUGUCCUUCUCUGCAAUUAAAAAGACUAUAAAUAAAGCAAAUCAAUAUAUUAGUGAAUCUGUUGGAGCAGCAGAAGCAACUAAACUUGAUGAUGAAUUUAAUGAAAUGGAAAGGAAGGUCGACUUAACCAAUGAAUUGAUUACUCAAUUGGUUACUGGAACAAACGAAUAUUUACAACCUAAUCCAGCAAUAAGAGCAAGAAUAGCUACUCUCGGAGCAGUUUCAAAACUUAGAGGGUCAGCAAAAAGUCAGGCUUAUCCACAAACUGAGGGAAUGCUAGCUGAUACAAUGACUAAAUAUGGAAGAGGUUUAGGCUCCCAAUCUGAUUUUGGAAAGGCACUUUGUGAUGCUGCUGAUGCUUUUCGUCAAAUGGCAGAUAUAAAAUAUCAACUUGAAGAUACUGUUAAACACAAUUUUCUUGAUCCUAUUACUGACUUUCAAAAUAAUGAACUUAAAGAUUUUAAUGGUCACAGGAAUAAAUUAAAAGGACGACGUUUAGAUUAUGAUGCUAAAAAAAGGAAACAAACAAAGGAAGAUGACUUAAUUCAAGCUGAAGAAAAAUUGGAAGAGUCUAAACGUUUAACUGAGAAGGCAAUGUUCAACAUUUUGAAUAAUGAUGUUGAACAGAUUAGUCAAUUGACUGCACUGAUAGAUGCACAACUCAAUUUUCAUCAACAAACUGCAAAUAUUUUGGAAAAUCUCAAAUUACAACUUAAUUCAAGGUUAUAUUUUUUAAAUCAAAUAAAAAAAAUUAAAUUUAGAAUAAAUGAAACAAAUGAUCGACAACCUAGAGAACAUGUUCCUAGACCUGUACUUGAUAGAAAUAAAGGCUCGAGGACGGAUCUUAAUUCGUUAGUUUUUUUGAUAUCUUGA